AUGGAAAGCAGAAAACGUGUUGCAAAUUCACCUACUCUCAGCAACAAGGCCAAGCAGAGAAAAGUAGCACCCACACGGCCACCUAUCACUGCUACAAAAGCCUCCAUGGCUCGUGCAAAGGCUGUGAACGCUCAAUUAACAGGCACAAAAUCUGGAUUAGCACGGAAGAAAAAGCCUGAAGAACCCAAAACGCUAGCAAGGUCAUUCAAGACAACAGCAGCAGGACUCAAAGAAAGACCAGCAUGGGAUCUAAGAGGCAAAGUGACGGAUAUGACCAACCUAUACAAGAUGAAUAUGCAGCGAUUGGAAGAGCUGCAUGGAUUCAAACGAGAACUAGAGAUCACGAAAAGCGAAAAGGAAUCUCAAGAAAAGGAGACAUUACAAAAGGCAGCAGCAUUGAGAACACAGCUCCAAGAAAUGGAAAGAGCACACACCAUCGAUAUCGAAGAAUUGAAUGCCAAUCAACGCAUUGAGUACCAGCGAUUAGAGGACGAUAAUCUGAAUUUUUCAAGACGACUUACUACCAUUGAAACCGAAGUAACUGACGCAAGACGAAAACUAGACGUCCAGGUCAAGCAAUUGGAUCAGAUAAAGGAGGACAAUGGAGUGCUAAGGACAUCCAUUGAUACGGCAACAGCAGCGUUUGAAAAGCUGGAUCACGAAAACAGAAAUUUAGAGAGUGAUAUGAAGAAAUUGCAAGAAUCGCUUCGAUUAAAAGAAAAGGAAAUUGAGAGCAAAGAGUCGAAAUUAGCGCAGAUUGAUGUGUCUGUGCAAGCAUUGGAAUCCAAACUAGCAGACUCCAAUGCAGACCGUGAAAGACUACUAAACAAAAUCAAGAAUUUGGAGGUUAAAAAGAAGCUCAACAACGGCAAAUCGAAAUGA